AUGGCGUUCAGGUGGGUCAUUGCAGUGGCUGCGGCUGCUGCUUGCGGGUUGGCGGGCAGCUCUCUUUUCUCUGUGGUGCCACUCAGGAAGCAGCAGCAGGUGGUGGUGGGUAAAAGCUCUGGCGGUGCCACGGUUACCUUACCUCCGUCUGUGGCUCCUCUGCUGGGGCUGCUACUUCUGUCUUCACCAGCCAACGUAGCCUUCUACCCCACCAUGAUGCCUGGCCGGCUGGAGAAGCCCAACUGUGGCUAUUGGGACGACAACUGGGACAG